AGAACUAAAAGGAAUGUAAAAGCAACAGAAGAAAAAUGUGCAGCAAAGCAAGCGAAAACCCAACAUCGACAUAUACCUUCCUUCAAAGACAUUCAAAGCACAACCCAGAAGGAAAAUAAAGUGGUAUAUUAGUAUACCUCAACGUUUCUCUCUUUUUCUCUUACUUUCCUUCGUUUUCCUUUUCCUCUCUAAUCAAACACUUUUAUCCUGAGAGGAAGAGGGGAAAACAACAGUUUGGAAUUCAAUUCCAUUCUUAACAAUCCGAAACAAGAAAGGAGAACAAAUCCCCCAAUUUCCCUCUCUCAUGACAGAAAUGAUGGAUGGUUCCUCAACUACUCCCAAAGCCCCACCUAUCUCUGAAAUGUUCCAGAAGUUCGCUCUCGCUUUCAAGACUAAGACUUUCGAAUUCUUCAAUGAGGAGACUGCCGCCGAUGAACCCUCCGAUGUCGACGGUUUUUCCCUCCUUGACUCUGCUGAAGAUUUCAUUCCUGACCAGAAAGUUAUUAUUCUCAAACCCGACCAACCCCUCAAUCAUAGUUCACCGAGCCCUCCGACUCCAUCGAGGGAGCCUCAACAAUUGUUGCCGCAAUCGACGAUAAAUAAGUCUAUGGAGCAAACCCAGAUCAGGGCUUUAAACAUCCAUUCGGCAAAAACUUUGAUUUCGUCAAUAUUUGCAACGGUUUCUUCAUUUGAAGCUUCGUACUUGCAGCUGCAAACUGCUCAUGUGCCUUUCAAUGAAGAGGGCAUAAAGUCCGCGGAUGAGGCUCUGGUUUCGCAUCUUCAGAGACUGUCUGAUUUUAAGCAAUUCUAUGGGGAUUUAUCCAGGAAUCCUGAUUUCGGCGCAGAUUUGCCUUUUGGGUCGUGCUUGGAAGCUCAGGUGCAGGAAAAUCAAAGCAAGCUGAGAGUUUUGGGGACUGUUUCGGACCAUUUACAAGCAGAGAUUGAUCGAAAGGAUAAUGAAGUUACAGCUUUAAGGAAGAAAAUGGGUGACUUACAAAAGUCUAAUUUCAACUUGUCAAAGAGGUUAUCUGGUAAUCUGAAUUUUCAUUCAUCUUGUGAUGUUUUGUUAUCUGUUAGGGUUUUCAUUUCUGUGUUAAAUGAUGCUUGUAAAGCAACGUAUAAAUUUACUAAGAUUCUGAUCGAGUUGAUGAAAAAAGCUGGAUGGGAUUUGGAUUUGGCUGCGAAUUCAGUUCAUGCUGAUAUUAAAUAUGCAAAAACAGGGCAUAAUCGCUAUGCUUUUCUCUCAUAUGUUUGUUUGGGCAUGUUUCGAGGGUUUGAUUUAAAAAGGUUUUGUUUGGAUCAGGAUGAUAAUACUGAAAUCCUCUGUAAUGGCCACAAUUCCGAUUCUGGUAAGAUACAUAGUUCUUUGAAGCAAUUGCUUGAGCAUGUUUCAAGCAGUCCAAUAGAGUUGCUACAUAGGAAUCCUAACAGUGAUUUUUCUAAAUUUUGUGAGAAGAAGUAUCAAGAGCUUGUUCAUCCGACAAUGGAAUCUUCAAUUUUCAGUAAUUUGGAUCAAAAUGAAGUUGUUCUGAAUUCAUGGAGAUCACUAAGUUUAUUCUACGAGUCAUUUGUUAACAUGGCUAGUUCAAUAUGGGCACUUCAUAAGCUGGCGCUCUCUUUCGAUCCUGUUGUUGAGAUUUUUCAGAUAGAGAGAGGGGUUGAUUUUUCAAUGGUCUAUAUGGAAGAUGUAACAAGAAGAUGCGCCUUACCGGCUAAAUCAGGAAUGAAGGUGGGGUUCACAGUAGUUCCAGGAUUUAAGAUUGGAAGAACAGUUAUUCAGUCUCAGGUCUAUUUAUGUGGCUUGAAAUGUACAGGGUAGUCAAUCUCACCGUUGUAUCAUAGAGGGAACUUGGAAGUUACACCGCCUAAGCAAAACAACUUAUAUCUUGCUUUUGGUUUGAAUAUGCGCACUACAAUCCUUGAGAGUUUGAUUGUAAGGAAAUGUCAUCCACACGGGAUUCCGAAGGACUCAUCUCAGUUAAAUAUGCUCAGAAAGGAAUCUGAUAUAUGAAAAACUUGGACAGGAUAAGCCAGCUCUUUGCUGUAUGGUUGCAUUGACAGGCACUGGGAACAACUAUGGGUGCUGUGUAAAAAUUGCUGUAAAGUUUUCUUCUCUUUUUUGCUUUUCUCCCUUUUGUAUUUUGCUUCAAGCUCUCUUCUGACACAAAAAUACAUUACCAAACUGUGUAUCACACCCACCCUUUUUUCUUUUUGAGUUGGAAACAUUGUAUCUGCAUCAAGCUUCUUUUGAUACUUAACAAUUCAACCUGGAAUUGAAAGUUCUCCUAUAAUGAUUCUGUUUAUGCUUAGUUGUGAAUCAGAUAGCUCGAGUAACAUUCAUUUUC